AUGUCUCCUCAAACAGGACCUGCUGCUGAAUUUGUACGUCCACUUGAAAAUAUUGAAGUAACAGAAAAUAAUGAAGCUAUUUUUGAAUGUCAAUUAUCAAAGGAAGAUGCUCAAGUUGAAUGGUGGUUUCGUGGAACGCCAAUUGUUUCAUCACAACAUCAUUUAAUUGCAUCACGUGGCUAUGUUCGUCAAUUGAUUAUACCAAAAGUUGCUAUGAAUGAUGAAGGUGAAUAUUCAAUACGUGUUGAUAAUAAAAAUACAUCAACUGCACAAUUAUUUGUCAAAGAACAACCGAUUAUAUUUCGUCGUCCUCUACGUUCACAAAUUGUUGAAGAAAGUUCUUUAACAGUAUCUAAUAAUGCUGUUUUUGAAUGUGAACUUAAUAAACCAUUAAAACAAAUGUUAUGGUUUAAAUCUAAUGUUCAACAUUUAGUUCCAUCUGAUCAAUAUCAAAUAGAAUCAUUUGCAAAUGGUCUUAUUCAUCGAUUAACUAUUCGUAAUGUUACUUUACGUGAUGAUGGAGAAUAUACAGCAUCAACUGGAUUAAAUACAUCACAAGCUCGACUUACUGUUGAACCAUUAUUACCACUUUUCAUUGUACCAUUAAUGGAUGCACGUGCUAAUACACGUGAAACUGUCAAAUUAUCAUGUGAAACUAGUCAUUCUUGUCAAGUUGUAUGGAUGCAUCGUGGAAAGAAAAUUAUUGAAAAUAGUUACAAAUAUACAAUAGGAAACUUUAAUACUUCAACGUUACAUACUCUUGAUAUUGAUAAUUUGGACUUGCGCGAUCAAGGUGAAGUUUUAUGUUCGAUAGCGCAACAUCCAUCUGUCUCAACAACUUGUCAAUUACUUGUUGAAGAUGCACAACAACAAUCGGCAUUUUUUACACCAUUAAAACCAUUUAUGGAAUUUACUCGUGGUCAAGAUGCAAAAAUUGAUUGUGAAACAUAUGAAUCAACAUAUUUUCAAUGGUUUAAAGAUGGUACAACAUUAAUGACAACAAGCAAUAAAUAUCGAACAGUUAGUGAUGAUAAACAUUCAACAUUAAUUAUCAAACAAUUCAGUGAAUAUGAUGAAGGUGUUUAUACAUGUGUAACACGAGAAGGUCAAUCAACAUCAACAACAAUUCGAACAGUCAUUCAACGUGAACGAACACCACGUAGUGAAGAACGUUUUGGUUCAUAUAUUAAAAUUGAUUCACCACGUGCAAGUCGAACACCUGAAUUAGGUGGUUAUCGUUCAAGUUUGAGUCCAACAGCUCCUCGUUAUAUUCCAUCAUUAGGUGGUGAGGAUGAACGCCGUAGAUCACCACGCUUUGAAGAAACACGACGAACAAAAAAGAUUACAAUACAAGAAACAAGUGAACAACGUUUACCUCCAACAACUAAAACAAGCACAACAACAUUUCGUCCAAGUGCAAGUCCAAGUCCACAACGUGAAUAUAUUCGUAGUGGUUAUUCAUCAGGAACAAGUCCUGAAAGAGAACGUCUAUCAAUGCCACGUCAUUUUUCUCCAUCAACAACAACAUAUAAGUCAUCAAAUCAAUUACAAGAUUUUGGUCAUUAUAUUGAUCGUAGUUCACAAUCUCCAUCACCGUCACCAACACGUAAAACAAGUAUUACAUUUACAAAUGUUAAUCCAUCAGCAAAAAUGCCACCUGUCUAUGAAGAACAAGAUGAACAUCAACGACAUCGUACAUCUGUUACGUUUUCACCAAGUCGAUCACCAGCUCGACAACCUCCAUCACGUUCAUCAACAUCAGCUGAACGAAGAGUUGUUGAAAUGCAAAUACCAAUAAGUCCAACUAUAUCACGUCAUGAAUUGAAACAUGCACCAUUUCGUGAAGAAUCUAUACCGGAAGAACGUAUACAAUUUCUUGAUAGUGAAACAUAUGAUAAACGGACGCCAAUAUUUCAUCGUGAAGAACCAUAUGGUUUAAAUACGUCACGUGUACUAAUAACUGAAACAUUACCAAUGGUACAAAUAACUCAACCAUUAGUUGAUACACGUGUUGAACAAGGUAAACCCUUACGGCUUGUUGUUGAAACAUCUCAACCAUCAAGUGAAGCUGUUUGGUUUAAAACUGAUGCUUAUUCAACAGCACCUAAUCAAGCUAAAAAAAUUGAUGAAAAUGGAAAAUAUCAUAUGAUAACACAAGGUACAAGACAUAUUCUUAUUGUUCCAAAUGCAACAGCUGAUGACAAUGGUGAAUAUAUAUGUCGAAUACAAAAUGCUAUGACACGUGCACAAGUUCAAGUAACUAAUGAAGAUUUACAAUUUAUUCGACGUUUACCACAAUCAAUUGAUGUUAUUGGUGGACGUGAUAUUAUUAUUGAAUGUGAAAUGAAUAAAAUGGAUACACAAGCUAUAUGGAAAAAAGAUAAUGAAUUUAUUCGAACUCCUCAAAAAUUGAUUCCAGUAUCAGAAAAUAAAAAACAUAAAUUAAUUAUUAAAGAUGCAAGUGGUGAAGAUUCAGGUCUUUAUACAGUUAUUGUUAAUGAUCUUGAAUCAACAACAUAUGUUAAUGUAACACCUGAACCAUUACUUAUAUUAAAACCACUUCAAGAUCAACGUGUACAUUCAGGUGAUACAGUUACAUUUAUAUGUGUUUGUUCAAAAGCUCCUAAAACUGUUCAAUGGUAUUUAAAUGGUUAUCCAUUACCUAUAAAUGAACGUUAUCAAACAAAAUUAAUUGAUCGUGAAAUACAAUUAACAAUAAAUAAUGUACAAGAAUCUGAUAUUGGAACAAUAACAUGUUGUUUAAAUAAUACAAUAACAACAGCUAAUUUAACAUUAGAUGAUAAAGAUAAAACAUUGAAAUUUAUUAAAUUAUUAGAAGAUGAUGAUACUGGAAAUAUUCAAGUUGAUUCACCAUUUAUGCUUGAAUGUCGAACAAAUCGACCAACAUAUCAAAUUCGAUGGUUUAAAGAUAAUAGAGAAAUAAGUCAAUAUGAUCAAAUUAUGAAAACAAUUUCCGAUGGAUGUACACAUGUACUUCAAAUUUCUCGUGCUCAACCUGAACACACCGGUCGAUAUCGAUGUGUUGUUGCUGAUUCUCUUGAAACUACUUGUCAUAUAACAGUUCGUGAACCUGAUUUUCGUUUUAUUCAAUCAUUACCUUCAAAUAUUCAAUUUUCACCUCAAACUGAUCGAUCCUUGACAAUUGAUGGUACACUUAAUAGAAAACCAACACAAAUGCAAUGGUUUAAAAAUACUAUUGAAAUAUUUCCAUCACAAAAAUAUGAAUUAGUCAAUGAACAUCAUGUUAUUGCAUUAAUUAUUCAUGAUUUAUCAUCAGAUGAUCAAGGUUUAUAUCGUUGUGUUAUUGCUAAUGGACAAGCAGUAAGUGAAUGUCAAGUAUCAAUGAAUUUAAUGGCAGAAAAUGAUCGUCGUAUUAUAAAACCAUUACAAGAUCAAAAUAUAUAUGUACAUGAUACAUGUACAUUAAAUGUUCAAUUUCAAGGUGAUGCACCUGAUGUUAAAUGGUAUAAAAAUGGUCAAGAAAUUUAUCCAAAUAAAAAAUAUCGUUUAGUACAACAUGGAAAUGAACAAACAUUAAUUAUAGACGAUUGUCAAUUAAUACAGGAUCAAGCUUAUUAUAGUUUGCGUUUAAUUUCAAAUCUAAAACUUGAUUUAACAUCAUGUUAUGUUCAAGUUAAAGAUAAACAUGUUAAUAUAACAAAACAUCUUGAACCACAAAGAUGCAUUUUAGGACAAGAACAACAGGUUCAAUUUGAUUGUGAAACAACGCCAACAGAUAAAAAACCUGUUUGGUUUUUUAAUAAUCGACAAAUUGAUAAUACAUCAAAAUAUGAAUUAGUAUCAACAGAUAAUACACAUCAUUUAUUAUUUAUUAAUCAACCUGAAUUAUCUGAUCAAGGACAAUAUACAAUAUCAUUUCCUGAAAGUGAUCAAUCAUCAACAGCUAAUUUACAAGUUUUACAAACACCAUCAACAUUAGAAUUUAUUCAACCACUUGAUGAAGUAUUUUUAUGUGAAGAAGGUGAUAAUUUUGUACUUGUUACACGUACAAAUAAACCAACACAUGUUAGUUGGAUGAAAAAUGGUUAUAAAUUAUCAAUUAAAUCAAAAUUAGAUGCAUUACCAACAAAUGAACAUCGUUUAACAAUUGAAAAAGCACAAAAAAUUGAUCAUGAAGGUAUUUAUACAUGUAUUAUUGAUGCAAAUAAUGUUGCAACACAAUGUCAUGUUAAAAUUCUUGAACGUGAAUUACAAUUAAUUCAACCAUUACCUAAACAAAUACGUUUAAAUGAACAUGAUACAUUAACAUUAAUAUGUGAAACAAAUCGUAAACCGAAAAAAAUUCAAUGGUUUAAAGAUCAAUCAAAUAUACCAUUAGAAACAAAUAAUUCAUUAAUGAUUAUUAAUGCUGAUGAAACAUGUACAUUAAUUAUAAAUAAUGCUAAUAAAUUUGAUUCAGGUAUAUAUACAUGUCGUCUUGAAGAUAGUUUAAUAACUGUUUCGGAUGUUAAAAUACAUGAAUCUGCUGCACAAUUUGUUGAUGGACCACAAUCAUAUCUUAUUUGGAGACAACGAGAAGAUGGACCUGUUGUUAAUAUUAGUUGUACAUUAAAUAAACCAAAUGUACCAGUUAGAUGGUUUCGUGAAAAUCAAGAAAUUCAACCAGAAUUUAAUAAUAAAUAUGAAAUUAUUUCUGAAGGUACUAUACAAUGUUUAUUGAUACAUGAUGUACAAAAAGAAGAUUCAGGUAAAUAUGUUAUUUCAUUGGGAUCUACUUAUCGUGCAUGUCAUCUUGAUGUUAUUGAUGAUACUGGAUUAUCAACUGAUGAUGAAAGUUUUGAUCGAGUUGUACAACCUUUAACUACUCUUCAACGACAAGAAGUUAUGGAAGGUGAUUCUCUAACAAUUGAAGUUUCACCUGAUAGUGAUUUUCAACUAAUAUCACCAAAUCAAUUUCGUUUAUUAAAAAAUAAUCGUCCUAUAAUUGGCGAUUCUCAUAUACAACUAGAACGUGAUAAUUCAUCUGUUGAUUCAAAUCAAUGGUUAAUUCGUUUAGUUGAUGUUGAUUUAAAUGAUGCAGGUGUUUAUUCAAUUGAAAUAAAUAAUCAAAUUCGACAAGAUCUACUUGAUUUAUUUGUUAAAAAACGUCCAAUGCAACGACAAUUUAUAACAUUACCAAAAGAUGAAUUUUAUUUACAUGAAACAAUAACACUUGAAUGUAAAUUUGAACGACCCAUAAAAACAAAAAAUCUUCAACCAACAUGGUUUAAAAAUGGUCGUCCAAUCCAACCAUCUAAUCAUUAUCUAAUUAAUGUUGAAAGUUCAACAAAAGAUGGUCCAACAAAAUAUUCAUUAACACUUAAAAAUGUUGAUUUUACUGAUGAAGGCGUCUAUGAAUUACGUAGUGAUUAUCUCAUUGUUGAAACUCCAUUUAUUCGUAUUGUUGAAAAACCUAUUCAACCUGCACCUUUACGUACAGUAAUUGAAGGUGAUAGUCUUCAAAUAGAUGUUAAUAUUGAUCAAAAUGAAUAUCAACAAAUCUCACCAAAUGAUUUACUUAAUCAAAUAACAAUAUUAAAAGAUAAUCGUGCAAUAAUAAAUAAACCUGAAAUAAAUAAAUGGUUUGAUGGUCAACAAUUUAAAGUAGAAUUAAAAAAUUUAUUAUUAAAUGAUCGUGGUUUAUAUGAAAUUGAUAUUCAAGGACAACGUACACCUAUAUGUUUACUUGAUGUUAAAGAACGACAACCAGAAGUAUUUUUACUUGAUUUAGAUCGAAAUACAUUUGAAGAAGGUGAAACAAUACGUUUAGCAUGUACAUUUCCACAACGACCAGGUCCAAUAUCAAAUUGGUUUAAAGAUGGACAAUUAAUUCGUCCAAAUGAUAAUAUACAAUUAAUUGAUGAAGAUAAUACAUUAACUAUUAUUAUACGUAAUACCAAACGUACUGAUUCAGGUGUUUAUGAAGUUCGUAUUGGUUCAGUUAUUGCUCGAGCACCUAUGAUUCAUGUUAUACCUAAACAACAACUACAACAACAACAACCAUCGGAUAUACCAGUACAAAAUGUUCGAGAAGGUGAUACAGUUACAUUAUCAGUUGAAGGUUUACAAACAAAUGUUAGACCACAAGAUAUUCAAUUAUUAAAAAAUGGAAAACCAAUUAUGUUUUCACAAAAACCAAAGACAUCAAUAAAACAAGAAGAUGAUAAACUUCGUAUUAUAUUACAAACAUUAGCACUUGAUGAUUCAGCUAUAUAUAGUGUACAAAUUCAAAAUGAUAUUCAUCCAUUAGCACAAAUUGUUGUUGAACCACGUCAACCUGAAAUUCAAGAAAUGCAACUUGAACAAGAUACAUUUUUUGUUGGAGAUACAGUUACACUUGAUUUAGAAUUUACAAAUGAACCAACAGAACAACCACGUUGGACAAAGGAUCAUAUUCCACUUCGAAAUAAUGAUCGAGUAUCAAUCGAAAAUAUUGGAAAUAGAGUUACUUUAAUCGUACGAGACUUACGAUUAGAUGAUGCUGGUGUUUACGAAGUUCAAAGUGGUCCAUUAAUUGUUCGUACACCAUUUAUAAACGUAACCGAACGUCCACGUGAUAUAACUGAAGUUGUUGAUGAAACUAUAACAUAUACAAUAACACCAAAUCGUCCAUUACCACCUGUUGAAACACAAUCUUGUAUAAUAAAAGAAGGUGAUGAUGUUACACUUAAAAUAAGUUCUCCAACACCAAUAACAAUAAAUGAUGUUAAAUUAUAUAAAAAUGGUCAACCAAUUCCAAGUGAUAAUGAAACUCGAAAACAUCUUCGUCUUGAACAAUUUGGCAAUAAAGAUGUUCGUUUAACAAUAACAGAUGCACGUUUAAUUGAUACCGGAGAAUAUAGUGCAUUAAUAAAUGAUAAUAUUCAACCAAUAAUAAAACUUGAUGUUCAACCACGUGAAAUGCAAAUACAAAUGAUUAAUUUACCACAAGAUACAUUUAAUGAAGGUGAAACAUUAAAAAUUGAUUGUCGAUUUCCACAAUCAAAUAUAAAUAGAGAUUAUCAUUGGUAUAAAGAUAAUCAACCAUUAAUACCAAAUGAUCGUAUUGUAAUGAACAAAGAUUCAUUUAAUGAUUCAUUAAUUAUUCUUAAUUUACAACCAACUGAUGCUGGUGUUUAUGAACUUCGAAAUCGUAAUAAUAUUUUACGUACACCUUUAAUUAAAAUAAUUCCACUAGAGAAAAUAAUCAAUAUCGAAGAAUUACGACCACAAGUUAGUUCAAAACUUGUUCAUGAAGGUGAUACUGUAACUUUUGAAUUAACACCAAAUUUUGAUGUACCAUUAAAUAAAAUUGAAUUAUUUCAUGAAGAAAAUCCAAUAACACAUGAACCAUAUGUUCAUAUGAAAAAAGAUUAUAAAACAAAUUCAAUAACUGUACAAAUUGAAGAUAUUAAAAUACCUGAUCAAGGUUUAUAUACAGCUAUUGUACAAGGUCAAUCAGUACCAUUAGCUGAAUUAAUUGUUGAACCACGACCAAUAGUAAUACAAAAUAUGGAUUUACCAAAAGAUGUUUUUUAUACAGAUGAACGUCUUGAACUUGAAUGUGAAUUUCCACAAGUACCUAAAGGUGAUCAACCAAAAUGGUUUAAAAAUAAUCAACCAUUGCAAUCAACACCAAAUAUACAUUUAGUAACGGAAAAUAAUGGACGAAAACAUUCAUUAAUUAUUGAUCAUUUAAAACCAGAAGAUACAGGACAAUAUGAAUUAAGAGUUAAAGGUUUAAUUGUUCGUACACCAUUAAUACGUGUUUUACAACGAGAACAACCACAAAUUGAUCAACAACCAAGUCCAUAUUUUGUUACUGAAGUUGAAGAUGAACAAGACAAAAAUAAACUUAAACCUGAAGCACCACAAAGACGAUUAAGUAAUGUUAUUAUUGAAGAUAUCACUAAUCAACAAAAUAUUCCAUCUAAACCAACAUCUCGUGAAAAUACACAACGAGUUCAAGAAGGUGAUUCAAUACAAUUAAAAGUUGUUAGUACACUCGAUGUCAAACCAAAUCAAAUUCGUUUAAUACAUGAUGGUGCACCAAUUGAUUUGAAAAAACGUUCAUCAAUUGUUGUUGAUCGUGUAUCACCUGGCACAUAUGCUGUAUCAUUACUUAAUCUUCGUGUAUCAGAUUCUGGUCAAUAUGAAUAUGAAAUUGAAGGUGCUCCAACACCUAAACAUUUAGUUACACUUUAUGUGGAACCACGACUAGUAAAAGAAAAAACUCUUGAUAUACCACAAACAAUAUUUAAUGUUGGUGAAUCAAUUUUAUUUAAAAUUGAUUUUGAUGAAAAAGAUCAAAUUACGGAAAUACCUAAAUGGUAUAAAAAUGAAAUGAUUAUACCAAUUGAUACAAGUUCAAGACAUAAACAAACUAUUGAUCGUAUUAAUCGUACACAUACAUUUGAAAUUUAUAAUUUACAAUUAGAAGAUAGUGGAGUUUAUGAAAUGCGUACACCAAACUUAACAGUUAAAACGCCUGAAAUUAAAAUAAUGCCUAAACCAGGACCACAACCAACCGAAGAAGAAAUUCGUCCAUCACAAGAAACUGUUCGACAAUCAUCUCUUACAAUUGAUAUGAAAAAACCUAAAGAACAAUUAGUUGAAUCAAAACCAGUCGAAGAAUUUCAACCCGUUGAUGAAAAUGUACCAAUUCAUGAAGUAACUGAAGGUGAUAUGAUGCAUUUAACUGUUGAAAAACCUUCAAUUGUUCAUUUAUCUGAUAUAAAAUUAUUUAAAAAUAAUCAACCAUUAUUAUCAUCAAAAAAUAUUCGUAUUGAAUCAACAUCAUCAACAACAAUUGAUAUUAAAUUUUCACCUGUUGAAUUAAUUGAUACUGGUUUUUAUUCAAUUAAAAUACGUGAUCAAAUUCAACCAAUAAUGCAAUUAAAUGUACGUGAAAAACCUAUUCAAAGACAAAUUAUGAAUUUACCACAAGAUACAUUUAUUGAAAAUGAAACAUUAACUAUUGAAUGUAAAUUUGAUUCGAAACCAGAUGCACAAUUUGUUUGGACUAAAGAUGGUUCUAUUUUAUAUAACGAUUCAAGAAUUAUUAUUAAACAAAAAAAUGAAACAUUUACAUUAAUUAUUAAAGAUUUAAAAUUAUCUGAUCAAGGUGUUUAUUCACUUGAAAGUAAAUAUUUAAUAUUAGAUACACCAUUUAUUCAUAUUUUACCUAAACAACAACAACAACCACAACCAACUGUUCAAAUUCAACAUGAGGAAACGAUAAUAAAUAUGCAGCCAAGUGUAACAGUUGCUGAUACAGAAGAUAAAAUUGAAGAAAUAAAAAUAAAAGAACAACCAUUAGAACAAACUCCGGCACCUACAGCUCAAAUUGAAGCUCAAAAGAAGAAACCAGAUGAAACAAUAACGACAACAACAACAGUUGAACAACAACAAGAAUCAUCAGUGCAAGUUAGUUCAUCUGUUGUUCAACCUGAACAAACAAAAGAAGAUAUUAGUGUUCAAACUCAACAAUCGGUUCCAGUUGAACAAGUUGUUGAAGUUAAAACAACAACUGUUGAGGAAACUCAACCACAACCAACAGUAACUGUAACCGAACAACAAGAACAAAUCAUUGAACAACCAAUUAUUACUCCUGUCGAACAACCAAAACCUUCUGUUGAAACUCAACAAGAAAAACAAAAAGAACAACCUGUGACAACAACGACUCAAGUUGAAGAACAACCUUUACUACAAGUUACAAGCGAUGCAUCAUCAACUCAACCAAAAACAGAGGAACAACCAUCCGUUACUCCUGUAAUCGAAAUUGUUGAACAAAAAAAAUCGAUUGAAAAACCACAGACUACUACAGAGAUCAUAACGGAAGAAAAAACUACUAUCGAGGAUCAACAAGUAUACGAAACCAAACCUCAAAUACCUGAAACGACAAAACAUACCGACAAACCAGAUGAAAAGGUAAAAUUUCAGACAAUGAAAACGAUACAAUCUUUCAGUUCACAAAACUAUUUACAGACAAUACUUACUACUGAUAUCACGACUUCACAGGAACAAAUAAGUCCUGCCGCGACUACCGAACAAGAAACCAUACAAACUGAAAAACAUCCAUCUACAGUUACAACAGAAAAACAGAUUGAAACUAUUGUCUCCGUUGAUCAAAAACAACCAGAAGUACCUAUUGACACUGUGAGCAGAUCGGAAGAACAACAAGAAACAAUUACCGCUACCGAACAGAUUGUCGAGCCACAAUUCGAAAAGAAGCCUGAAAUUGGAAAGUCAACAGUUGAACAAACAAUAAUCAAAGAAGAAGAAACAAAAAUAACAGCAGAUACUACUCCGUCAAUAGAAGAACGUAAACCUAUCGAAGAACAACCAAAACAAGAAGCCCCAAAACUACCAGAGACAGUGGUCGAAGAAACCACUACUACAGUCCAAAAAGAUAUUAUUGUUGAAGAAGAUAAACCAACGAAAAUUGAAUCAACUAAAGAAGUUACUGAAGUCGGAGAGACACUUCCUGAAGUGUCAAUUACAACAGUUCAAAAAGAAAUAGAAACUACAGAACAGCAGUUAACUUCAAUUGAAAAACCAACAGUUGAACAAACUAUCACAACAGAAGAAGUAACCACAAUUGAAACUAUUCCAACAGUUCACGAAACUGUUACUACUACAGAAGAAAUCGCUGAACAAGAUGUUUCUCCUGUAAUAGAGGAGACACAAAAGCCUACCGAAAAAACACCAACCGCUGAAGAAAUUAGCACUACUGAAAAUGCCAUUGAAGAAAAACCGAAGCCAACAACUACAACGAUCGAAGAAGUGACUACCACUGAAGAGAUUAUUCAAGAAACAAAAGCACCAGUCGAUGAACAACCGAAACAUCCUAUUGAGACUACUGUCAUUGCAGAGAAAGUUAUUGAAGAAGCACCAAAAGUACCUACUGAAAUUAUCGAAGAGAAAUCAAAAACAAAACCCACUGAACAGAUAACAACAGUCACUGAAGAAGAAACUAUAAAAGACGAAGAAAAACCAUUAGCUGAGCAACCUACUGAAGAAAAGCCUACACUUGAACAAAUUGUCGCUGACGUACCAACUACUACUAUUGAAGAAGAAUUAACUUCACCCGAAAAACCAACUGUUGAACAAACUAUCACAACAGAAGAAGUAACCACAAUUGAAACUAUUCCAACAGUUCACGAAACUGCUACUACUACAGAACAAAUCACUGAACAAGAUGUUUCUCCUGUAACAGAGGAGACACAAAAGCCUACCGAAAAAACACGAACCGCUGAAGAAGUUAGCACUACUGAAAAUGCCAUUGAAGAAAAACCGAAGCCAACAACUACAGUAAUCGAAGAAGUAACUACCACUGAAGAGAUUAUUCAAGAAACAAAAGCACCAGUCGAUGAACAACCGAAGCAUCCUAUUGAGACUACUGUCAUUACAGAGGAAGUUAUUGAAGAAGCACCAAAAGUACCUACUGAAAUUAUCGAAGAGAAAUCAGAAACAAAACCCACUGAACAGAUAACAACAGUUGCUGAAGAAGAAACUAUAAAAGAAGAAGAAAAAUCAUUAGCAGAUCAACUCACUGAAGAAAAGCCUACAGUUGAACAAAUUGUCUCUGACGUACCAACUUCAACAGUUGAAGAAACGAUCACAACAGAAGAAGUAACUACAACUGAAACUACUCCAACAUUUCAGAAAACUGUUGCUACUGCAGAACAAAUCAUUGAGCAAGAUGUUUCUCCUGCUAUAGAGGAGAAAGAAAAACCUACUGAAGAAGUUAUUCAAGAAGAGAAAGGGCCAAUCGAAGAACAACCAAAGCAGCCCAUGGGAACUACUUCCACUAUAGAGGAAGUGAUCGAAGAAGCUCCAAAAGUACCCACUUCAGUCGUCGAAGAGCAACCAGCUCAAACACAGUUAAUUGAAGAAGUGACUAAAACGAAAGAAACAAUCCCUGAAACACAGACGGUGACUGUUGCAAAAGAGAUCGAAACUGUUGAAGAACAGCCAUCUUCCAUUGAGAAAACAACUGGUGAACAACCUGUUACAAAAGAAGAAGAAAGGACAAUGAUAGAAACUACUCCAACAGUCACGGAGACUGUUAUUACUACAGACACGCCAUCAGAGGAAAUCGUACCUGAUCAAGAGCAAUCAAAACCAACUACUGAAGUCACAGAAGAAUAUAAAACUCAUAUUACUGAACAAGUAAUACCCGAAAGUACAGUUUCAUCUGUAGACCAAACAACGAAAACUAUUGAAAUAAUUCCAACUGUGGAAGACAAACCAAAAGUACUAACUUCUACCGUCGAAGAAGUUACACAAGAACAGCCAACCGUGGAUGAGCAAGUAACACCCGCAAUUGAAACAGUUUCAACUAUUGAAGACAUAACUACAAUAGAAAAGGUUGAAGAGCAAUCGGUGGUAAUCGAAGAAACUCCGAUAGCACCUCCCACAGUUACUGAAGAAGUUGUUGAAAAGAAAACUGAAAUAAAGCCUGUUGAGCAAAUAAUUACUGUCACUGAAGAACUGUCAACAACUGAACAAGAUAAACCAACAAUAUCUCAAGAAGUAGGAAAAACGACCGAAGUUGAAGUUUCGACUACGACUUUACCAGAACAAAUCACAACGACUCAAGAAGAAUUGACUAGUCUCGAAAAACCUACUGUAGAACAAAUAAACGAGGAAAAACCGAUUACAAGUACUGAAGAAACUUUCACUAUUGUUGAAGAUGUUCUUCAGAAAGACAUAGUACCGUCAGCAGAAGAAACUGUUGAAACUGCCAAAAUAACUCCACUGACCGAAGAAGUUGCUCGAGUUGAACAGGUUCAAGAACAACCUAUACCAGAAGAUCAGACUCCUGAAGUAUCAACUACAGUUGCCCAAGAUGUAGUUGCAGAGAAGCCUGCAACGAAACCUACGGAACAGAUGACAACUACCACCCAAGAAGAUGUCGCUAUUGAAGAAAUGAAACCAGAUAUGAUUCAACCAGUAGAAGAAUCCACAACAGAAGAAAUCCUUUCUGAAACACCGAUAAAACCAUAUGAAGUUCGUCAUGAUACUAAAGAGGUUAUAACUACUACAGAGCAAGUACCAGAACAAAAUGAAGCACCUAUUCAGGAACAAUCAAAAGAGACUGUCGAAACAGUAGAAGACAAGACUACUACAAGUAUUGAACAGCCAAAAUUACCAACGCCCAUUAUUGAGGAUAGAACUACUACUGAAAUCGCUGUACCGGAAGAUACAGCAUCGGAACAAGAGCAAAUAAUAACUCCGAUAAUUCAACAGAUGGAUGUCGAACACCAACCGGUAGUGACAGAACCAGUUAUACAAGAAAAACCGGUCACACCCACUACAACUACCGAAGAAGUGAUCGCCACUGAAGAGAUUAUUCAAGACACGAACGUACCAGUCGAUGAGCAACCAAAAUAUCCCAUUGAAACUGCUUCCACUACAGAGGAAGUUAUUGAAGAAGCUCCAAAAGUACCAACUGAAAUUGUCGAAGAGAAAUUAGAAACAAAACCCACUGAACAGAUAACAACAGUCACUGAAGAAGAAACUAUAAAAGAAGAAGAAAAACCAUUAGCAGAUCAACUUACUGAAGAAAAGCCUACAGUUGAACAAAUUAUCUCUGACGUACCCACUACAAUAGUUGAAGAAAAAACUACAACUGUUGAAAAAACUGAAACUAUCACAACGAAAGAAGAAACUAUUACUAAAACUAUUCCAACAGUUCAAGAAACUGUUACUACUACAGAACCAAUCACUCAGCAAGAUGUUUCUCCUAUCGUAGAGGAGACACAAAAACCAACUGAAGAAAGACCAACCGUUGAAGAGGUCCCGACUACUGAAGAAGUUAUAAAAGAAAAACCAAAAACUUCUACAGCACCUAUCGAAGAAACAAUCAUCACUGAAGCAGUUAUUCAAGAAGAGAAGGAACCAGUGGAAGAAAGCGUUCAAAAGAAGUCGGAAACAAAGCCUCUUGAAGAGCUAACUACAACUGUUCAGGAUGAGAGCAUCCUCGAAGAACAAAAACCAACGAUAACCAAACCAACUGAAGAGACAUAUGUGACCAUUUCAGAAGUGUUCGCUACAGCGCCUGAAGAAAAAGUAGAAACUGUUGAAGAAGAAUUACCUUCAAUUGAAAAACCAACUGUUCAAGAAACUAUCACAACACAAGAAAACAUUGAACAAGAUAUUACUCCGGCAAUAGAUGAGACACAAAAGCCUACUGAAGAAAUACCAAUUGUUGGAGAUGUGUCUAAUGUAGUGGAAAUAAUCGAAGAACAGCUAACACAAACCAUGGUUAUGGAAGAAGUGCCUGAAAAAAAACCUGAUACAAAACCUACCGAAGACGCAACAAUAACACUUCAACAAGAAAUUACAAGCGAAGAAGCGAAACCAACGACAUAUGAUACAACUGAAAAGAACAUCACUGAAACACCUACAGUAACUACCGAAGAGAAAACUGUCACCGUUGAAGAAAAAUUAUUUUCCGAUGAAAAGCCUAAUCUUGAACAAAUACUAACCGAAGAAGACCAACCCAUUGCCAUUACCGAAGUAGAUACGCUUGAUCAAGAGAAAUCAUCGCGACCUGUCGAACUACCAGUACAACGAGUGCAAGAAAAUACGAACCUAAUACUAACUGUUGAAACACCUAUCGGUACAAAGCUUGUGAUUUUGAGAGAUGGUGUCCCGUUGCCUGUAUCUGAACAUGUAAUACAGACACCCAUUUCACCCACAACAACCAUAAUAGAAAUUAUCAAAGCCACGCCCGAAGAUGAAGGCGAAUAUACAAUAAUUGUCGAUGAAAAAGAACAACCACUGAUGAAACUAGAAGUCACACCACAACCAGUCGUUCGACAAGAGAUGCAGUUGCCAAAAACACAAUUCAAUGAGAAAGAGACUCUCACUAUUGUUUGUCAAUUUGAUGCUACACCUAAAGAACCAUUCACCUUUCUACACAAUGAACAACCAAUUGUACCAGAUUCUCGUGUCACUACCACCAUAGAAGAUAAUAAAUAUACAAUUGUAGUAAAAAAUCUUCGUCCAGAAGAAGAUGAAGGUGUUUAUUCAUUUAAAUCAGAUCAUUUGAUUCUCGAUACACCGUCAAUUACUGUUGUUCCUAAAGAAAAGAAACCUAAAACAGAAACAACUACUGCCGAAGAAGAAACACUUGCACUUGUACCACAAGAGCAAAAGCCUGAGACAGUCGUCGAAGAAGUAAAAGAACUCGUACCCAGACCAGAAGAGCAAAAGCCUGAAGAAGAAAUUGAAGUUCCAACUCAAGAAGUUCAAGAAGGUACUACUGUUACUCUGACAGUACAAAUACCUGAAGGUACAACUCAUAGAAUAAUAAUACUACUGAAAAACAAGCAACCAGUAAAACCUUCAGAACGUAUCACAAUCACCGAAACAUCACCAACAACUAUCGAAAUUCAAAUAAUUAAAGCUAAACCUCAAGAUGAAGGCAAAUAUAGCGUUCUCAUUGAUAAAAAAGAACAACCAAUAAUAAAACUAAAAGUUAUUCCUAAACCAGUUGUUCAUCAAAAAAUGGAUAUACCUCAAACAACGUUUAAGGAAGGAGAAACAUUGACUAUCAUAUGUGAAUUUGAUUCUACACCUGAAGAACCACUCAUCUUAAUACACAAUCAAGAACGGNUUAAUAAUCCUAAACAAAUAACUGAUUGGUAUUUAGAUGAUGAUCUUAUUGAAGAUAAUACUCCUCGUUUUGAAAUUAUUAACAAUGGUCCAAUAAGACAAUUAAAAGUUCAUAAAGCAGAAUUAAAUGAUACUGGAAAAUAUACAUGUAAAGAUCGUCAAAGUGGUGUAACAACAGAUAGUGAUGUUAAUGUUGCUAAAGCUCCUAUUCGUAUUAUAAAAGGUUUACCAGAAACAUUAACUGUACCUCAAGGUAAAAUUUCUAAAUAG